AUGCCAAGCGGGCCAAGCAAUGUGCUAAGCGACGAGCCUGAUGUGGAGUGGAGUUCUGUCGAGGCAGAGGUUCCUGGCGAGCGAACUGAGCGAAAGGGUCAAGGCAUCAGGGAGAAAGUCGCGCAGCGCUUGGAGAUGAUGGAGCUAGUUGACCCAAGCUUGAUGCGUGCCGCACGCACUCAUAAGGCCAUCCAGGCUCUGGCCCAGGAGUGCCUGGGAAUUGAAUCAGAGUCUCGACUGGACAGCAGUUUCGUGGUGCAAGAAAUCUGCCAGUUUUGGUCACAUAGUUGGCAUGGAUCCGCAUGGAAGAAGCUUCUCCUGGUGCUGGCAAUGGAAAACGGACUGGCUGCAACUGUCUGCGGUACGUUGGCUGGACUGAUUGCCAUGGUACUCUAUAUCAAUGGUCUCUUGCCAGGAGGUGCAAGGCCUGCCAUCUUAGGCGGAGACCACGGCACAUCAUUGUCUCUCUGGUCAACUGCAUCGGCUUCACUCACGGCACUGCUGACCCUCUGCUUCUGGAGACCACCACGGUCUGUUUUCUUGGAUGCAUUGUGCGUGGAUAGGCAAACACCUCGCAGAAAGGCGGAGUGCAUCGUAAGUCUUGGUGCCUUUGUGAAGCGAUCAAGAACACUCCUCGUACUUUGGGACCACACGUUCUGCCAACGCCUGUGGUGCAUAUUCGAAAUUGGCGCGUUCUUAAAGAGCCAUGAGGAAAACACUGCAGCUCGAAUGUUGGUGAGGCCUACAUAUCUGGGGCCGUGUGUAUUCUCCCUUGCCCUGGGCAUGUUGCUCACCAUGGGAAUCAUGCAUUUUAUCCGGUGGAACAACCUUCUGUUGGCAGUCAUGAUAUUUGCUGGCUGGGGUUACUUCGGCUUCUCCCUGGCAGUUCAUGCAUUCCGCCACUAUUUCGAGUCUGUGCGAGUGACGCAGAGAUGCAUGGCAAACUUCAGGAUUGAAGAUGCUCUGUGUUACUGUUGCCAGAAGGCUCACCGACGUCCAGACGGGACGAAAAUCAUUUGUGACAGGGAAAUCGUGUGUGACUGCAUCAAACGCUGGUAUGGCAGUGCCGCGGAGUUCGAGGAACGUGUGCAGUCUACCAUCUCGAGUGCCUUGACUUCGCAGCUUGGAAGGCAUGCAUUCCCGUAUCUCUGGGUGCUGGGUUCUACGACGCCUAUGCUAUGGGGCGAGAUGGACCUCUUUGCUGCCCACUACCAGGCCAACUGGCAACCGCGUCGGCUUUACUCGACCGUCAUCGUUUUCGGCUGGUGGCUUGGAGGCUUUCCAAUGAUAAUGUGUUUGGCGCUCUUCGAGCGACACAGUGCCGGUCGCUUGGAGCGUCGAUGGGUCCUGGCUACUGCUAUGGUCACCUUCUGCUACUGUCGGUAUGCCCUGCCGGCACUGGCCAGCUGGGGAUCCGGGCAUUGGGAGAG